AUGACUAAUCAUCGGCUGACCUCGGCGUCUCAAGCAGGGAUGCACCUGGCUUGGCACCCUUGGCCCAACCUUGGCAACUUCGCUUGUGUAUUCUUGGCAAAGAGAGACGAGACGAAGGAGAAAGACAGGAAGAAGCAAAGAAAAAGGCGAAGAGAGGAAAAAGCAAAGAAAGGCCAGCGAGACAGGAGAGAGAGAAAUAGAGAGCACCGGCAGCAGCAGCAGCACCAGCAGCAGCAGCAAGAAAGCAAGCAAGAAAGCAAGCCAGCAAGCAAGCAAGCGGCAGAAGAAAAGAGGGAAAACCCAGCCAAAGCUGCCUUGCCUCGCCUUACUUAUUUAAAUGUCUUGGCCGUCCUCCGUCUCUCCCACCGUCUCGUCCUCUGUCCAUCCCUCCUGUCCAGCUCUCCUAGCACUGCUGCCACUGCCUGCCACUGCCUGCCACUGCCUGCUACUGCCUGCUACUUAUCUCUGUCUCUGUCGACUCCCUCCGCCCGCCCAGGCUUGGCCGUUCCCUCUCUCUCUCUCUCUGUCAGCGCUGUCUGUCUCGCCCUCGCCUUUCCGCGCCCCCCUUACUCUCUUAUUUUAAGGAGGCCAAGGCCCUCCCUCGCCGACUCAGCCCCUUCGUCCCGUCUCUCCUCGCGUCCUCCUCUCAUCGCUGCUCAGCUGCACCGGCGUUCUUCUUCAUCUACUUACUACUACUACUUCUUCUUCUUCUUCUUCAACUUCUCCUAA